CUGCGUGUAUGUGGGUCGACUGGUUUCUGUUGAGUUUAAUCGUGAAGUCAUGAAUGAACGCCUCUCCGCAUCUGUAUUUGGGAGUGCACUGCACAGAGGUACAUGUUAUAAACAAUACCCAGCGACCGAGGCUCAGCUCACUGUUUCCGACAGUGGAGCUGGACGUGCACCAGAGGAGGAGGGAGCUUUGCGUCUGCAUUGUGUCGCAACAUUCAAAACCUUUAGUGUCGCAAGUUCCAGUUUUUAUAUGGACAUCAUCACAGACCUUUUGUCAGUUGCAUUUCGCCACGUGUGAAAAUAUGUGACCACCAUGUUUGGUUUAGACCGCGGGAUUCGUCGUUGUUUAAGAAGAGACCGUGACUUUGCACCGAAAUGGCAGAGUGGAACAAAAAGAUGUUAUUGGAACUAUUGAAGCAGCCGGACAACAGUCGGUGCGCUGACUGCGGAGCGCCUGAUCCAGACUGGGCAUCCUACAAGCUGGGUGUGUUUGUGUGUCUAACCUGCUCUGGCAUCCAUCGCAGCCUGUCCAGCCGGGUCAAAUCCAUAAAGCUGGACUUCUGGGAGGAUGAGCUGGUGGAGUUCAUGAAAUCCAAUGGCAACGCCAGCGCCAGAGCUUUGUAUGAAAAAGCUGUUCCAGCGUACUACUAUCGGCCCAAGGAAAAUGACUGUGUUGUCUUAAGAGAGCAGUGGAUUCGGGCUAAAUAUGAAAGGACAGAAUUUACAGGAGAAACUAAGUAUCCACCACUUUCAUACACCACAGGUUUCUAUGAAGGGAUGCUGUGGAAGAAAGGAAAAGAGAACACACAGUUUCUGAAGAGGAAGUUUGUACUGUCAGAGAGAGAAUUUACCCUUACUUACUAUAACAAGGAAAAUGAGUCCAAAGGCCCUAAAGCUGUAAUCUCUGUCAAAGACCUAAACGCCACCUUUCAACCAGAGAAGAUUGGUCAUCCUCAUGGGCUGCAGAUCAGUUACCAAGCAGACGAUCACACCAGGAACCUCUAUGUUUAUCACGAGAGUCCAGAGGAAAUAGUGACAUGGUACAACGCCAUUCGUGCUGCUCGCUAUGCGUACUUGAAGACAGCGUACCCGACUGGAAGCGAUGAAGAACUAAUACCAAAGAUAACAAGAAACUACAUCAAAGAGGGAUACAUGGAAAAGACAGGGCCAUCGCAAAAGGAGCCAUUCAAAAAGAGGUGGUUUAUUUUGGACUCUCAAAACAGGAAGUUGUUCUACUUCAAAGGCCAGCUGGAUGCAGAGGAGUUAGGGGUCAUUUUCAUCGGCACCGCAAACAAAGGUUACUCUGUGAAGGAGUGUGUCCCAAAGCAUUCUCGGGGAAACAGGUGGAAGUGUGGCGUUAUGGUGGGGACGCCCGAGCGACAGUUUGUUUUCAUGUGCGAGCAGGAGAGGGAGCAGAGAGAGUGGCUGGACGCCCUCAGACAAGUCCUGUCCAGGCCCAUGUCACCGCAGGAUUAUACCAUUGAAGCAAACAUCAACUUUAAAAGGUGAACUACAGAGAGGUGUGUCAACAGGAUGACUGCAGCGUUUGGAAACACAAGUGACUUCACUUGACUACUGCAGCAGGACAGAUGAACAGUGAUCUGUCACUGCAUCUGUUCCUACUCUAUUUGUGUUUGUGUUGCAGUAAUGCAUCUUGAACCAUGACUAACUGUGCUCUGUGCAACAGUGUGGAUUUAAGACUUCCAUUCACUCACUUUAACUGACACUGGAUCUGAUGCUCCAUCUCAGACUUCAGAAAAUACCGUAUCACUAUGUAAAAUCCACUCAUAUGGCUAAAGUUACACCCCUGACACGGGGUCAACACUGUUAUAUUGUUAACAGGAGAUAUGUUACAAUCACUGCAUAUAAUGCUAUUUUUAUGAUGUUUUUAUUUUAUUUUUAUAUUUUUAAUUUCCUAAUAAACAUGCAUUUAAUUUUAUAUUUGGUAGUGAACAUGUUUCAUUGCAUCAUGCUAAGCUAA